AUGGCUGACGGACUAAACGAAGCUCGGGCACUCCGGGUCAUCGAGAUCAUGAAUGAUUUCCGAACACUACAGAUUCACAUCUUACAACUUAGAUUGAACCUUCCUACCGGAGAAGGGUUCGAAGAAGGACAUGUCUUAAUGACACAGUGCGUUGGGGAGGCCCAGAGUCUUCUCAAUCAGCAAUAUAACGUCCAACAAACGCAAGCCUCCUCCAGUGAGGGGGAUGUGGAAAAAGCGCAACUCCAGUGGGUGAUUUGUGACGCAAGUGUUCGGCGCUUCCGAGCGCACAGAAUCUAUCUAAAAAUGUCUGCAGCAAGGCGAUGGAUGAUGGGUCGAGCGCAGGUGCUUCAAGGACAAAAGGUUACCCCAUUGCACACUGUCGAUUUACAAGCGGUGAGCUGGAAUUUGCAUAACGAUCUGGCAGCCAUAACCAACAGUCAAAUUCAUUGUGAUCUGCAAUCAGCCGAUACCCGUGCUGGCCACUGGCUUGCUGAUGAUCCGUCAUUGAGCAUCAUUUUGAACUGUAUUGGCUCAGAAACCUAA